CUCCAUUCCUCACAUCAGACGGUCCACCCUCUCCUCUCUUCCCGCCUCGUACCCACCAAAACUCUCUCUCCAGUCUCUUUCUCUCUCCAAAAAUUAAAGCGGCCGUUUCGAAAGGAUAUCAGGCCCACACGAUCUCAUCUCUCUUCCCUCUCUCUCUUCCCCUCUCUGUAAAGUUUUCUCUCUAACCCUUGGGAUUGUUCCAAAAUUCUUCGCCUAUAUUUUCGAUCAGAAAAGCUUCACCUUCUCGUACAUUUGAUCGUGUAUACAUAUAUACAUAUACAUUUGUUAUAUUUUUUUUCUGUACAUAUAGCAAUUGGAUUAUUGGUGUAGCUCCCUCGUAAUCAGUUCUGUGACGAUUUGUUGGGGAUUUGAUCGUAUUGUUUUGAUCGAUGUGAAGGUAAAGAGUUGUGGAAAUGACUACUGGCAGUAACAUACAUAUGCUAUCAACCCGAGACAGUAAUCGGCAAGGACCCAAUGGGAAUUUAGAAGAUGCUUUACAGAGUGAGCUUGAAUUGAUUCUGAGAGAGCAGCGCAAUCAGCAUGCCAUUCAUCGGGAGAGGGACAUGAAUAUGUAUAGGAGCGGCAGUGCCCCGCCAACUGUUGAGGGAUCGCUAACUGCUGUCAGUAGUCUCUUUAGGAACUCAGACUUUAGGGAUGUGACUAGUAGGAUUAGUAAUAACAAUGGGGUUUUGUCCGAAGAUGAGAUUCGAUCUCAUCCUGCAUAUCUUUCAUACUACUAUUCACAUGAUAACAUUAACCCAAGAUUGCCUCCACCGUUGUUGUCAAGAGAGGAUUGGCGUGUUGCACAAAGGUUUCAGGGUGGCGGGUCUUCUUUUGAGGGCAUUGGAGACUGGAGGAGGAAGAAGUUGGCUGAUGAUCGUGAUAGUUUGUCGCUGUUUGCCACGCAGUUGGGGCUACAAAAGGCAGAGAACGAUAUGAUGGAACUGAGGAAUGCUAAUGGGAGCAAUCUCCCUAAACAGACUUCAUCUGAGUGGCUUGAUAGAAGCUCAGAUGGUUUGAUUGGUUUGUCGACAACUGGGCUUGGUGGAAGGAGAAAGAGUUUUGCUGACAUUUUUCAGGAAGGACUUGAUCAAACUGCCUCCUUGUCAGGUCCCCUGUCAAGGCCAUCAAGUCGUAACGCAUUUGGUGAUAUCAUGGAUUCCACAGGCAUGGCUGAUCCCCAUCCAGUUGGGUUAUCUAAUGGAGUGGAGUCUGCAGAGGGUAUGCAUAAUGGAAGAGCUUCACGUGGCCUGGUGGGAGUUCAGAGCCAUGGGUCAACAACUUCUAAUUCCUUUGCAUCUGCUGUCGGGCCUUCUUUGUUAAGAAGCAGAACCCCUGAACAACAACUACUUGGGAGGUCUAACAGUUUUGGCCUCCCCCCUGUAGGGAGUAGAGUUUUCCCAACCGAGAGGAAGAAUGUUGCUAGUCUAGAUAUUCGAAAUGAUCAUUCUUCCAGCAUGAAUGAUCUGGCGGAUAUUUCAGUCAAUUUUUCUGGCUUAAGCCUGUCAAAAAUUAGACCUGUAGAUGAUGAUAGACGUAUUCAGUCGCAGCUUCAUGUGGAUCUUGAUAAUCAGCAUGAUUUUCUGUUUAAGAUGCCAAAUGGGCAUAACCAGAGGCUGCAGCAGGAACUGUUAGAGAAGGCAAAUGCUGAAAUUUUUUCUCUUCCUACUAAUUAUGCUCAUCUAGCAAAGAAAAAUGGAAUCAUAACAAACCGUACUACAUCCACUGGGCAAGCUAAUUUUUCAAGAAGAACUUCUUCUCCCAGUCUUUACUCAAACGGGAGUGCUUCAGACUUUGGAGCUUUGGAGGGAUCUAAUGUUCCUUACCAAGAAGCAAAUACGCCAGGUUUGGACUUUGAUGGCCAUGUUGCUGGGACCUAUCCUGUAAAUCCGAAGUUGAAUAUGAAAAUUAAUGAUCAUCUUGAUGCAGGUGCAGUAGCUAGAGGUGAUGAACAAGGUCUGAACAGACUGGGAAACAAAGUAGGGCCUGGUCUCCAUUCUUCUGUUAUGGACCCAUCUUAUAUUCAGUUUUUGCAAAGAACUGAUUAUGCAACACGUAAUGUAACUAGUCCAAGUGGUUAUCCUCCGAGUAAAAACCACUUUGGUACUUUGCAUGGAGACUUAGAGGGGCUUCAGAAGGCAUAUCUUGAGGCAUUGCUUGUUCAAAGGAAGCAACAGUAUGAGUUGUCACUUUUAGGUAAAUCUGGUGGUUUUAAUCAUGGUUAUUAUGGGAACCCACCAUAUGGGCUUGGUAUGUAUCCUGGAAAUCCAAUAGAAAAUUAUCUGCAUCCUUCUAUUGGGCCUGGUAGUCCAAUGUUUGAGAGUGAGAAGAUUGCACGCUUUAAUUCUAUGUUGAGAAGUUCAAUGGGAGGGUCAGUUAGCUCCUGGAACUCAGACAUUGGAAAGGACCUAGAACGACGACAUGCAUCAUCAUUAUUAGAUGAAUUCAAGAACAACAAGAACAAGUCUUUUGAACUUGCAGACAUUGUUGAUCAUGUAGUGGAAUUCAGUACCGACCAGUAUGGAAGUCGCUUUAUUCAGCAGAAACUAGAAACUGCCACUGUGGAAGAAAAAAUGAAGAUAUUUCCAGAGAUUAUUCCUCAUGUUCGCACCUUGAUGACUGAUGUAUUCGGAAAUUAUGUCGUACAGAAAUUUUUUGAGCAUGGUACAGAAAGCCAAAAAAAAGAAUUAACCAGCCAACUUACUGGCCAUAUUUUGCCUCUCAGUCUUCAAAUGUAUGGUUGUAGAGUGAUCCAGAAGGCUUUGGAAGCAGUUGAUGUGAAUCAGCAGGCACAGAUGGUGUCGGAGCUUGAUGGUUCAAUCAUGAAAUGUGUUCAUGAUCAGAAUGGGAAUCAUGUCAUUCAGAAGUGUAUAGAAUGCAUCACUCAAGAUAAAAUCCAAUUUAUAAUUUCAUCCUUCUAUGGGCAAGUUGUCGCACUAUCCACUCAUCCUUAUGGUUGCCGGGUUAUACAGAGGGUUCUGGAACAUUGCAAUGAUUCAAACAUGCAACAAAAAAUCAUGGAUGAAAUCAUGCAAUCUGUAUGCAUUUUGGCACAAGAUCAAUAUGGAAAUUAUGUCAUUCAGCACAUCCUUGAACAUGGUAAACCGCACGAACGGACUGCAAUCAUCCACAAGCUUGCAGGACAAAUUGUGAAGAUGAGUCAGCAGAAGUUUGCUUCUAAUGUUGUGGAGAAGUGCUUAACUUUUGGGAAUGCUGAGGAGCGUCAGUUUUUAGUGAAUGAGAUGCUGGGUUCGACUGAUGAAAAUGAGCCCUUACAGGCCAUAAUGAAGGAUCCGUUUGGAAACUAUGUUGUGCAAAAGGUUCUUGAGACGUGUGAUGAUCAUAGUCUUGAGUUGAUUCUUUCUCGCAUUAAGGUUCAUUUGACUGCCCUGAAGAAGUACACCUAUGGCAAACAUAUCGUUUCUCGUGUCGAGAAACUCAUCACAACUGGAGAAAGGCGCAUAGGGUUGUCAGCUUCGUAUUCUUCUUGAGGAGCCCAAUCUGGAGCGAGCAAAAGGCAUUUUUCCUGUUGCCACCAUGAAUAAGUAUGCACCUGUUGUACAGCUAACAUGGACAUUGAUCUUAGCAAGUUCGAUCGAUACAGAGAAGCUAUAGUUGUAAAUAAGCAUGGAAUCUGGAGGCCCCUGCGAUAUGAUGUUUUUGUCUAUCCGCCUCCUAGUAUAUAUUUUGGCUCGCCGGAUCUAAUCUGGCCAUGAAAAAACUCGGCAUGGAAGACGGUCACCCUUGGGCUCGAGAAUUUACCGGUACAAGGUUCAGUGUCUGUAUUACGUUCUCAAGUGUAAAUGGUUAACUGCAUUUUGAAAGAGAGGGUAAAUAGGGAGUGUUUAUAUAUGUUGGGGCUUUCGACUUUGAGAAUUACUUAGUGUAAAUAUACUGCAAUUUUCUCGAGGAUAUACAUGUUACUAGUCUUUUUGCA